CUGGCAACAAUUAUUUGAUGUCCGACUUCGGCAUUCUACAUACGUGUUAUGUUUAUUUUAUUUAGUCCAUUCGCAAUCUUUUCUGAAUAGUUACGUUAAAAUGAAGUUUAUUUAUUUAUUAUUUACGUUGUGGACUAUAGCAAGAUGUGACGAACAUACGCAUAUGUAUAAAGAUGGAGAACAAGUGGUGCUGUGGAUGAACACCGUCGGCCCAUACCAUAACCGACAAGAGACGUAUGCAUAUUUCUCGCUACCGUUUUGUGUUGGCACAAAGGUAACUAUUGGGCACUAUCAUGAGACUUUGUCAGAAGCGUUGCAGGGCGUCGAGCUCGAAUUCAGCGGCCUCGAUAUUACAUUCAAAGAUAAUGUACCGGCGCAACAAUUCUGUGCCAUAGAAUUAAACGAGCAAUCUUACAAGGCACUAGUAUACGCUGUGAAGAACCACUACUGGUAUCAAAUGUACAUCGAUGAUCUUCCAAUAUGGGGAAUCGUUGGAGAAGUUGAUGGAGACCAACAUUACAUUUGGACCCAUAAAAAGUUUGACAUUGGGUACAAUGGAAACAGGAUUGUGGAAGUAAACCUUACUGCCGAGAACAAGGAGAGACUAGCGCCUGAUGCUAAGAUUCCAUUCACCUACGAAAUAAACUGGAUGAAGAGUAGUAUUCGUUUUGAAGAUCGAUUUGAUAAAUAUUUAGACCCUAACUUUUUUCAACAUAGAAUACAUUGGUUCAGCAUUUUUAAUAGUUUUAUGAUGGUCAUAUUUUUAGUUGGUCUUGUGUCCAUGAUUCUUAUGCGAACACUUCGUAAAGAUUAUGCUAGGUACUCUAAAGAUGACGACUUGGAUGACUUGGAAAAAGAUCUAGGAGAUGAGUAUGGAUGGAAACAAGUACACGGUGAUGUGUUUAGACCUGUUCCACAUUUGGCAGUAUUCUCCGCCCUAGUGGGCUCAGGCUACCAAUUGACUGUAGUAACUUUGGCAGUCAUUAUCUUUACCAUAUUUGGGGAGCUCUAUACUGAGAGAGGUUCACUAUUAUCAACUGCAAUAUUUAUUUAUGCAGCCACAUCUCCUGUAAAUGGGUACUUUGGAGGAUCUCUGUAUGCAAGAAUGGGUGGGAAAUUGUGGAUAAAGCAAAUGCUGUUAUCUGCUUUCUUGUUGCCUGUUUUAGUAUGUGGUACAGCAUUCUUCAUCAACUUCAUUGCCAUGUAUUACCAUGCUUCCAGGGCAAUUCCAUUUGGUAGUAUGAUUGCUGUUAUGUCCAUCUGUACAUUUGUUAUUUUGCCUUUGACCCUUGUGGGUACUGUGCUUGGUCGUAAUUUAGCUGGACAGCCUGACUAUCCUUGUCGCAUCAACGCAGUUCCAAGGCCAAUCCCAGAAAAGAAAUGGUUUAUGGAACCAUUUGUCAUUAUUAUAAUGGGAGGAGUUCUGCCAUUUGGUUCUAUUUUCAUUGAAAUGUAUUUCAUCUUUACCUCUUUCUGGGCUUAUAAGAUCUACUAUGUAUAUGGUUUUAUGCUGUUAGUAUUCUUGAUUCUAAUGAUAGUAACGGUCUGUGUCACUAUUGUCUGUACUUAUUUCUUGCUCAAUGCUGAGGAUUAUCGUUGGCAAUGGACUAGCUUCCUCUCUGCAGGCAGCACUGCCCUCUAUGUUUACUUGUAUUCCUUCUAUUACUUCGUUUUUAAAACCAAGAUGUAUGGCUUGUUCCAAACCACUUUCUACUUUGGUUACAUGGCUUUGUUCAGCUUGGCUCUGGGUAUAAUAUGCGGUACUGUUGGCUACUUGGGCACAAGUAUAUUUGUCAGAAAAAUAUAUUCAACUGUUAAGAUUGAUUAAAACAAUAAGUUUUAAUUGUGGUAAAGUUAUGUUCAUUUAACUAAUUAUUGACCCAUAGAUUUAAAUUCUACUUCAUUUUUGUUUAUUUUAGCUUUAUUGAUGUUUAAUCAAUUGCAAUAAUUUGUCACCGAUGUUUGUAAGCAGUUAUGUAAUGAAAUUGCUUUACACAUUCCCUAAUUUUAUUAAGAUAAUUGAUAAAAAUUUUUAGUCAGGGGAAUGUUAGUCAUUGUGAAUGAAUAUUUGUUUUAGAUUUAACAACUCCCUAGUGCAGUAUUUUAUUAUUUUACCAUGUGGACUCUAGGUGGAGUAAUAAAUUACUGUUCUAGUUGAUAGCUGUCUUUAUUAAUCCUGGUGUUGCCUGAAGAAAAUAAUAAAAGCCCACACCUAUAACUGGGCCAAUUUUAAAAACAAAACUAUUUAAAUCAAUUUUUCCAUCUUAAUGUUCUAGUUUAACUCUCUUGCCCUUAUCUAUAUUAUUCACAGGCAAUAGUUGAUAAUACAAAUAAAUGUGAUUGUAAUGAGAUAUCUUUUUUUCAGAUUAUGUAUUAUUUAGACAAUUUUAAGAUAGCAUGCAAUAUUAAUAUUAUAUUGUAGCAAUUUAACAAUGUGAUGUGUGAAUGUUCUGUAAUUUUUAGUUUCUUUGAUUGUAAAAUAGAUAUAAUUUGGACAUCUAAAUGAAAGUUAAUAAUCAUACUACCUGCUGAUGUUAGUGAGCAAUACUUUUUGGAAAUCAAGACCAUGGGACUUUGUUGAAUAUGGUAGGAAAGUAAAAUGAAGCUUGUUGUGCAAGUAGACCUUAUGGUAUUUUGUGUAUGGUAAUGGUCAUUGAUGUUUAUUUAUAUUUUAGAGUAAUCUUUAAAAAAGUUAAUAAUUUUAAAUGUGUCCUAUCAUCUUAAAAUAAACAAAUAAUGUUCAGAAGCAUGUAAAUAUUUAUUAGAUAUAGUCUAAACAUCUGUACAUCAGAUAUUGUCAAUAUCCUUGUACAAAUUCCGAUUUUCUCAAUUCCUCUAGUUUUGUGAAUGCUUGCUACUUUGUGGUUCUCUAUCAAAUUCUUUCUAGGAGCAUACCAAGGUUCACUUGGAGAGACUUAUCUAUUUAUAAAUAAAGAUAAUAUUAUAUUCAUAAGCCUUAAAAUUUUAGUUUAUUGUAAAUAAUUAUA